AUGAAAGUUCACGCUUUAGGUAACAUUUUGAACCUGUACGAGCAGCCCGCGCCGAGGAAAAAAUGGCCCCUUCUAUUGACGCUUAUCACCCUGCUGGCCGCGGCAUCAGGCCGUGUAAGUGCUUCCGCAUUUAAUUCAUCCAAAGAGUCAAUAGUAAAUGAACACAACAAUUUUAACCAUCCUCAACAUGAAUUCAAUUACCCUGAUAAAGAUCCCUAUGAAGAGAGCGUCCGCAAGUUUGGUGGAGUGAAGUUAAAAUUUGAACACCUGGAUGAAAUGAACAAGUCGUUUUUUGUGAACAAUAGGAAGAAAAUUAAUAUGCUUCAAUUCCCCGCCAAUAAACCCAUACAAGACAGAUGCUAUGUAUACGAAAUUGAUAUGAGUAAUGACUUAUUAGAACCCACUGGUAGUUACCAAAGGAUAACAGAUAAAGUGGACAAAGAUUUUAUUGAUGCCUUCGAAAAGAGCGCAAUUAAAUAUGUGAACGAAGUUGACUCCUUCUCCUCAGCUAAUUAUUAUGCACAUAUGAGCAACAUGGCCAUGGAAAGAGGAAAAGGGAAAAGCACAAAGAAGGGGUCAUAUAGGGAAGGAUCUUCUAGACCUUCUGUCUUAGGACCAAUGCCACCCUGGGAUUCAACUGUGCUAACGCCUACUCCUGUAGGUGUAUCCCAUGCCUCUCUAUCAUCCAUGGGACGAUCAAGCAGGGGACGGCCAACCACAGCACCACCUGUGGGAUCAUGGAGUAACAUUUCCAUGUCAAGAACAACCGGAGUAACAAUGGGGCCACCUGUAAGAACGUCUAUGCGAGGUAAUGGCUCUACCAUAGCUGGACGCUCCACGCAAGCACCUACUGCCAAUGGCACGCCACAAUCUUUUGCGGAAAUAAAGCCUACCGUAGAAACUGUAGAACCCACAACUGAACCCAUGAACGUAGAUGCUGGAGAAAGCGCAAAAGAACAAAUGGUCGAACCCAUGAAUGCGUAUGAUGGAGAGAAUGUAACACAUGAAACAGCAGAAAAAGUGCCAGAUGAAGCAGCCCCUAAUGCAACAGACGAGGCGACCCAGAGCACCGCAGACGAAGUGGUCGAAAGUGUAGAAGACGCAGCAUCAGAGAAUGCAGAAACUGCACCGAUGGAAAGUGUAGAAAAAGCAGCAUCAGAGAAUACAGAAAAUACACCGAUGGAAAGUGUAGAAAAAGCAGCAUCCGAGAAUACAGAAAAUACACCGAUGGAAAGUGUAGAAGCACCAGUCACCGAGAAUGCAGAAGAAGCGCCUGCGGAAAGUGUAGAAGCACCGGUCACUGAGAAUGUAGAAAAUGCAGCAAUGGAAAAAGCGCCUGCGGAAAGUGUAGAAGCAGCAGCCCCUGAGAAUGCAGAAGAAGCGCCUGCGGAAAGUGUAGAAGCAGCAGCCCCUGAGAAUGCAGAAGAAGCGCCUGCGGAAAGUGUAGAAGAAGGAGAUACAGAGAGUACACAGGAUGCAGUGAUGGAUACUGUAGAGGAAGAAGUCACUGAGAAGGCACAGGAUGCAGCAGUCGCCGAGAGUGCAGACGUUGACGCAACAGAGGCAAUCCCGUCGACCUCAAAAGCUGAUAAUGUGGAAGCCCAAACAGGUGGAGGCAGCAACACACAAAACACCGCUGGUCAGAGCGGUCAAACUACUGAAGCGAAGGCCCCGGUAGACGAUGAAGUAGAAGCCAUUGCAGGUCCAUCGGGAAUGCAACCAAGCGAUGACCUAAGCGGACAAGAAAUAUCGAACCAGUUAUUGGACAGGUAUAACCAAUACUAUGAUCAAAUUAGGGCCUUUAAAGACUCAUUCUUAUUCGCCGGAGUGCAAGAUGGUCAUGGAGGAGAAGUAGUCGCAGACAUAGUGAAGAGGUGGUUAGGAUUUUACGUGAAAAAGCAAUUAAUGGAAAAAUUAAGAAAUAAUGAUUACCAACUUUUGACUCCAAGUGAUAUAGUAGCAAGUCUGGAGGAAGCCCACAUUCAGUUAGAUCGGGACAUUUUUAAAAAAGCAAAGGAAUUUUUUUUUAAGGGAUAUGUAAAGUACACAAGAGUUGGUUCCUGCUCACUCAGUGUUCUCAUGGAUAAAAAUUAUUACUAUGUUAGCAAUGUAGGAGAUUCAAAGGGAUUGUUAAUAAAAAAAGAUUCUUUUGUUAGGUUAAAUAAUAUACAUAAUGCCGGUGAAUUAACAGAAAGGAUGAGAUUAAUUCAGGAACAUCCGGACGAAGAAGAUGUGGUUAUGUGUAAAAAGUCAAUUAAAACUAGACAUAAGAGGUGGUCUGAAUUUGUUAACGCAUGUGAUGCGGCAAGUUUACAAAUGCCUGACAUUGGUGGACGAUGUUAUGUAAAAGGACGAUUACAAUGCACAAGGACUUUUGGAGAUUUUUACUUGAAACAUAAAAUCUUUGCAUUUGAUUACCUUAAAAAUAAAUAUGUUGUUAAGGAACCACACUCUUUUCCCUACAUCUCGGCCAUUCCAGAAGUACUUACAGUAAAAAGAAGUAACGAUGAUGAAUUUCUCGUCUUGGUAUCCGAUGGCCUGUCGGAUCACUUAACUGACGAAGAAAUAUACGACAUCGUGAAGCAGUACAGCCAUUCUGUGAAAAAAAUGUCAAGGAUUAUGAUUCAGACAGUCUUAAUAAAGUCCGCCAUGCACGCGCGCAUGUCCGCCAAGGAACUCUUGACCAUGAUUCCCCAAUACAGGAGAAGGAAGUUCUUUGACGAUAUGUCGGUCGUUGUCAUUAAGUUGAAGUGA